AUGAAAUUAAAUCUUCUUCUCGCAAUCCUCUUGACGCUUGUCGUUAUUUCCCAAGCAGCUCCUACAGGAACCAUUGAAGAAAGAAGCGAUUGUCCUCCUUACACGGAAGCUGCUUCAAGUUGUGAUCUCGUUUUUAUAUUUAAUGAUAUGCAGAAUCAUUACGGCACAUCAUUUAGUACAUAG